CAAACGAACCCAGCUUUGCCCAUCGCUUGUCUGUCUGGAAAGCCUCCGCAAAUGAAAAUUGUGGUGGUGGGAAACGACCCCGCCCACAGCCGACGGUGUGCCCCUGCAAGUGGUUUCUCUCCACAGGUCUGGCUUUGUUCUGCUGUAAUUGAAUGUAACUAGCUAACAGAGUCUGAAUAAUAUGGCCGUGUGCUGUCUUUUCUUGGUUCGGAAAAGUCUCAACUGCGCCGGCAGAUUACAACUAUUUUUGUCGAAUGAUCACAGGGCUUUGAUUGGCCUGUACAGCACAGCGGCAAAGCAUUGGGGAACAGGUGAUAAUUGCAAUGGUGAUGACACCACAGAUGACUCCAGCCAUGUGAUGACCAAUGUGAAACUGCUGGAGAUGAGGGCCAGCAAGCUGGAGGAGCAGGUCAGGGAGCUCACGGAAAGAUACAAAAGGGCCAUGGCUGACUCUGACAAUGUUCGAAAAAGAACUCAGAAGUUUGUCCAAGACGCCAAGCUUUUUGGGAUCCAGAGUUUCUGCCGUGAACUGGUUGAGGUGGCUGACCUGCUAGAGAAGACUACAGACAACCUGCAGGAAGAGGAGGGCCAGAGGCUGGCUCAGGUCCAGGACAGGCUGCAGGGGAUCUUCACAAAGCACGGCCUGAAUAAGAUGAGCCCUGUUGGGGAUAAAUACGACCCUUACCAGCAUGAGAUAGUGUGCCACACUCCUGCUGAGGGAGGGGAGCCCAGCACCGUUACUGUAGUGAAACAGGAUGGGUACAAGCUCCACGGACGCACCAUUCGUCAUGCCCAAGUGGGCAUUGCUGUGAUGAGGCAGGAGCAGGACUAGGGCUUGUGCUAGUCUCUGCCCUCGCUGUAGUACUCUGCUGUCUGCACCUUACAGUUCUAGCUUUGCAGCAAUCCUUUGUUUUUGAAUGAUUUUACUGUUUUAGUGAGUUGUUCCAAUUUGGUUAAGUUCUCAUUAUGUACAGUCAUGCAAAUAACAACUUUAUUAACCCUUUUCUAUAUUCUACAAUCUGAAAAUAAUGGGCUUGUUCACAUUCUUCUAUAAUAUAAUCAUUUUUAGAUUGUGCCUAAUCAUGUGAAUGUGUUAGUGUUUUCCAUAAGUACAGGUCGUUGGCUAAAUAGCCGAUAAGACUCAUUGUAAGCCGGCUACUUCAUAAACUAACUAGGCUUUUAAUUUAGAAGUUUCAAUUCGCUAGUCAGAAAAGUCUGUAUAGCCUUCUCCCACUUGAAUGAAUGACAUGCAACUUCUAGUGAUGUAUUGAUAGGACAGGUACCUGUCAGUCAAAAAGUGAGCAAUGACAGGGAAACUGAUGGUUUGUCCCUCUGCUGUCUGUCCCAGCUCUCAAUACCUAUUAUUUUUUGUAUACUGUGGUUGGCUGCAGUCUAAUCUUUUCACGGAGGAGGGAGAGCAUGAUGCUUAUUUUUCAUCUCCUGUGAGUGAAUUAACACGUCCCAUAUAAAGUGGUAAAAAUGAGUUGAAAUCCACUUAUUGUUUUAUGGCACAUUCAUUUUUCUUUUUUGCGUGUUUCAUAGGCCAAUACAGCCACGGAGUGAGGCGCGUAGGCUGUUUACUGUGCUUUGAUUGACGACCGAACUGCAAGUGUUUUACUAGUUUAUAAAAGGUGUCGAACUGACGGAAUAAAGUCACUCUCCUAUAUCCCUUCACUAUUCCUAAAUAAUACAGCGUAUCGGGUCAAAGAAACAAAAUAUCUUGUUUUCUAUUUUUCCUAGGAUUCGUAGCCCAUGACAAGACUUGCCAGUGUAGGGUCUUUUUGAACGGAUCUGUUUGGUGAACGGAAACAAAUCGCUGCCUUUCUUUUGAUCCUAUCAGUAUCGACACAUGCUCCAACGACACAUUUGGCAAAUGUUCUUUCUGCGUGGUGUUUUGGGAAACGUUACAUCUUUGGUUAUUGUGGGAAAGAUGCAUAGUUAAAACACAUGUAAGCCUUUUGUUCCUUUGGGAAACCGAGCCCUGGGAGGGAAAGUCAUUAAACUAUAACGUAAUUUAGCUGUGUAUAUUGGAUUGAAUCAGGACAUUAGAAUGUACCAGAGGCCGCCAAAAUAGAGCUUGUUUUGUAAAAAAAAAAAAAUCUCAGGGGGCAUGCCCACCUUAACCUCUCAGGCCCGGAUCUCCCUGGCUGGCUGCUUUUUCUAUUUGGCUGGCUACUCCAUGUACUUAUGGAAAACACUGGCGUUAGCUAUUUUACUAACAUGUAAAGGUACUUGAGGAUAUUGUUAUACUGCAUAUUUGCAUAAGACCUGGUUGAGGAUAACCUUUUUGUUUACUAAUGUGAAUGGAAGAUAGGUUUCCUUUAAGGACCCCUUUAUAAUACUGUGAACAUCUCUGGUUUCAGGUCCACAUACAUUUCUCCCACAUUAUUAUGUGGACUGUGUACAUUUCUAGAGGUCACAUUAAUCACACUGCACUUCGGAAUUUUGUUUUUUCUGUAUGUGAGCAAGUAAGAACUAAGUUCUUGACGUUUGAGAGAAUCUGUGAUAUUAGAGGAUGGGAUGGUUACGUAGAAUGUGCUGUUACCUGUAAUUGUCCCUUAUGAUGAAUGUGGCACCUUUUACAUUGAAAAUGUUGUGAUUUAUGUAUUUAUAUAGACAAAUGUUUAACAUUACCCACAGAGUAUUGUGUAUGAUGCAGCUACGAAAUAGGUUCAGUUAAAGCCACUUUUAAGAAGGAUCUUUGAGCCUUUUAAAACAUAUAGAUAGUAUGGAUAACAUUUUCUAUCAAGUAAUUUUGCCUUUAAAUGAAACACCACACGUGUGGUUGAGAAGUUAUGGUGUUCUCUAACAAACUAUUUUGCUUUCAGACUACCACAGUACAUCACAUUAUUGCCUUAAUAAAUGUAUUGGAAAAAUU